AUGAAUCCCUUCGAUGCCUUCAAUGCCCCCCAGCCAUACCAACAGCAUCAUCCACCGCGGUGGAACAUACACAUCCCACACCUCUCGCAGACAAACGGACACUCCAUCCAACAGACUCCUGUCACAGUCCCAGUCACGAAUGGAGCAGCCCUCCAUCAACGCGAGACCAUGGAAGAAGAGAUCAUCUCCGCCCCUCUCCACUACAUAACAGGCCUACCAGGCAAAGACAUCCGCGGAAAGCUCAUCUCAGCAUUCAACGAGUGGUUCCGCAUCCCCGACGAGCAGCUAGAGAUCAUAAAGCGGGUGGUCGGGCUACUACACGUAGCUUCAUUACUAAUCGACGACAUCGAAGACUCGUCCAAACUCCGGCGCGGGUUCCCCGUCGCACACAGCAUCUUCGGAAUCCCCCAGACAAUCAACUCCGCCAACUACGCCUACUUCCAAGCGCAGAGCGAGGUGUUGAAGCUGCGGAAGGGCAGCGCCGCAUUCGCCAUCUUCACGGAGGAGCUUCUCCGCCUGCAUAGAGGGCAGGGAAUGGAUCUGUUCUGGAGAGAUUCCCUCACCUGUCCGACUGAGGAGGAGUACCUGGAUAUGGUGGCGAAUAAGACGGGUGGGUUGUUUAGGUUGGCGAUUAAGCUUAUUCAGUUGGAGAGUGAUGUUGAGGACGACUGUGUCCCGCUGGUCGACCUCCUAGGAAUAAUCUUCCAGAUCCGAGACGACUACCAGAAUCUCCAGAACGAGCAAUACGCGAAGAACAAGGGCUUUGCGGAGGAUAUUACCGAGGGCAAGUUCUCGUAUCCGAUUGUUCAUAGUAUCCGGAGCGGCGCAGCAAAGGGCGGCAGCUCUGAACUGAUGAACAUCCUGCGUCAGAAAACGGAUGACGAGGCUGUGAAGAGGUACACGAUCUGUAUUCUGGAGAAGACGGGCAGUUUUGAGUAUACGAGGUUGAAGCUGGUGGAUUUGAUGGCGAAGGCUCGGGCUAUGCUUGCUGGGUUUGUAGAUGGGUCUGCAGAUGGAUUAGGGGGUAUAUUGGACUUUUUGGAAUUGAAGGAGUAG